AGCAACGGAUGACUUGACACUUCUAGCCUUGUGAUGUUGCCGAUGACAGAGACGAAAAAACAACACGGGCACAACCGCUCACAUUUGACCAAAAGCGUCGACAGUUAAAGACAGUUUAUAACUGUCGAUUCAUUGAUGAUAAGUAAAGUCAACAACGGGAUGUAGCCGAUGAAAUGGAGUAUGAUGAGAGACUUGCACUUUUCCGCCAAACCCGCCUCAAUCCAUUUGAUCGUGGAGAGGAAGAAGAUGGUCCCCAAGGAGGCAAGACGCCCCCACAGCAUGAAACAAGACCUGAGCUGUUUUCUGGGACCAGAAUCCACAGUUCAGAUCGGACUAUGGACCUUGGUCUAGCUGAGGACCACUUCUCAAGACCGAUGGGUUCGUUUGUGGCAUCUGACAUUGAACAGCUGAAACUGGCCAUAGAGGAGUGUAAGAAGCUGAUCUUGGAACUGCCAGAACAUUCAGAGAGACAGAAGGACACGGUGGUGAAACUUAUCCACCUUCGCCUCAAACUACAAGAGCUUAAGGACCCCGAGGAGGAUGAGCCUAAUCUGAGAAUGCUACUAGAGCACCGCUUCUCAAAGGAAAAGAGCAAGAGUGUGAAACAGACCUGUGACAAGUGUAGCACUAUCAUCUGGGGCCUUAUACAGACCUGGUAUACCUGCACAGGUUGCUAUUACCGUUGCCAUAGUAAGUGUAUGAACCUGAUCACUAAGCCCUGUGUGAGGUCGAAGGUCAGUCAUCAGUCGGAGUAUGAGCUCAGCAUCUGCCCUGAGAUCGGACUAGACCGGCAAGACUACCGUUGUGCAGAAUGUCGCACACCUAUUUCACUGAGGGGUGUGCCUAGUGAGGCGAGACAGUGUGACUACACAGGCCAGUAUUACUGCAGCACAUGCCACUGGAAUGACACAGCGAUCAUCCCGGCUCGUGUCAUCCACAAUUGGGAGUUUGAACCGCGCAAGGUUUGUCGCUCCUCAUUGCGCUACCUGGCCCUGAUGAUGCCACGGCCUGUGCUGAAGCUGAAAGAAAUCAACCCGCUGCUAUUCAACUUCGUGGAGGAACUUGUCGAGAUCAGGAAACUACGCCAAGAUAUUCUGUUGAUGAAACCCUAUUUCAUUACCUGUAAGGAGGCCAUGGAAGCUCGGCUACUACUACAGCUACAAGAUCGCCAGCACUUUGUGGAGAAUGACGACAUGUACUCACUACAGGAUUUGAUUGACAUCUCCAGUGGCCGACUCAGCUGUUCCCUAACAGAAAUCCACACCACAUUUGCCAAGCAUAUCAAACUAGACUGUGAGCGUUGUCAGGCCAAAGGAUUUGUGUGUGAGCUGUGUAAGGAGGGAGACAUCCUGUUCCCUUUUGACAGUCACACCUCAGUUUGCCAUGACUGCUCUGCUGUCUUCCACAGAGAUUGUUACUAUGACAACUCCACAACUUGUCCACGAUGUGCCCGGAUGACUGAGCGCAAGCAGGACGAGGAGUCAGAUGUGAAAGACGCAUAACUCUGUAGAGGACCACCUGAUGUUACUGGAUGUUGCACUUUGCCUAACGUUGUGUUUUUCUCGAUCAAGAAAGCCUGACAGAGGUGUUCAAACUAGCCGUUUGUCUUUGUCUUUGGUUUUGUGCUUAUGUUGAUACUGUAGUGUCUUUAUCUUCCUGUGCACUACAUAAUGAAGCAGGGUACUUAGAAACCCCAUCUGGAAAAUAAUAUAUAUUUUUAUCCAACUUUUUAAUUCAUACUGAAAUUGGAUGUACUGAACACUGUGUAUGUGUUUGUGUGUGUGUGUGAUACGCAUUUGUGUGUGUGUGUGUGUGUGUGUGUGUGUGUGUGUGUGUGUGUGUGUGUGUGUGUCUGCUUGUAUAAAUGUACAAAAUAAAUGCCCUAUAGAGAAAAACCUCCUCAUCAGUAGGUGAUUUGCAUGCCAGAGUUAUUGUUAUAUUAACCAUUACAAGCCUCAACUGCUUUAACCUAUACCUAAACUUAAAAGUUGCCAUAAAUGAAAACUGGUUUCGAAUUUUAAAGAUUACUUUAGCUUCCAAAGACACAAACACCUAAUUAUAUUAACCAGAAAAUUGCCUUUAAGUCAGCUGUCUGUUUUUAUCUUUAAAAAAAAAUCCUGUAAACAUGUUAGGUAGUUAAGUAAUUAACGUCACACUGAGCUGAUUUCUACAAGCAGCAGUUUAUUCAGUCACAUCAGAUAGUAUGACAUAACUCAAAAUACAUGGUGUCAUGCUUCAUCAUGGCUUUUUUUUUAUCGUCCCUCUCUGACUCACUCCAUCAUCAGUUGUUGACUUCCACCACUGGAUAUUUCGUCGAUAUGUUCAACAUUUCAUUAGGUCUUUAAAAAAAAAAAAAUCAACUUAUUUCCUGGUGUAAAGCGAUUUCUUUUUAGCCUUCUUUUUGCACCUUACCAUGCAGUGAAGGCCUGCUUUCAGUUUGUUAAUAGUCAAUAUGCCACCUUGGAUAUUCUAGGAAAUUAAAAUCCAUGGCUUAUAAUUGUUUGACAAUAAACAUAGUGAACAUAAAACCAUAAUCAAAGCAUGCAUCACCAGUACAUUCUCUAGUGACAAGACAUGUUUUAACUGCAAAAGAAAAGGAAUAUGGGAGUUAAAUGUGUCCUUUUAUUCAAAACUGUGAAUUCAUUUCAGACAAGUUUGAUCUGUAUUUAAUGCAGUUCAGUUUAGUGCAGUGUGUAGCAAACACAGUAGAUGUGAAUACUCAUAAACAUUGUGCGCCUAGGAUCGUCAGGUUACAUACAGCUGUUAUCCAAACAUCUUAAUACACUUACCAUCAUGUUAAUGGUUUCAGUCUUAAAGUAUCCAUGGCACAUUUUAUCAAGAGAUGACAAAGAUGUUAAGUGACACCUUUGAUAAUGUGUAAAUGUUGACCUAAAGUAUUUGUUUUAAAAUAAUGAGUGUUGGCUGUGUUAUCUUUCAGCAUGAUGUACUGUAUAUUUUCUUUUCAAACUGAUGUUAAUGGUGUUGAUAAAAAUCCUGCUCUGUUGUAAAAUCAUGUGGAGUAGUGGUGCAUGAAUAAAGUAAUAAAACACUUGAA